ACUGCCAUGAAAACAAGAAGAAGAUUCAGAAUGGCGACGUCCGUGUUAAUGAGUUCGUUACGAGGGAUUGGUGUUAUUUCUGCUUUAAAGUCUUCCGCAUGGUGUUGUCUAAGCCCAUGUGGUUGGACUAAAGUAAUCUAUCGUUGUUCUUCUCAAAAUCUGCGCUGUAGUUUGUAUGAACAUGUUCGUGAGGGCUACAGCCACAAGCCCAAGCUAGACAUGACACGCGUUUGCAACGAGACGGAUGAAGUCAUAGACGAUCUUGUUAAACGUAAAGGAGACCUACGGAGAGAAGACGUCGGAGAAAUUGUGGCAGUGUGGCGAAGAUUGCAAGAGGUUCGUAAAAGAAUUGCAUCGCUGGAGGAACAGAAGAGAAGGAUAAGCGCUGCUGUCAAGACACUUGUGGAACAGCAUGACAAGACAACUCUGUCUGAUUCAGUGGCGUAUAGGAGAGCACGAGAAGAAGGACGGAACGUGAGAGUGACACUCAGUCAGCUGUUGCUGCAGGAGACUGAGCUGGAGGAGAUUCACUACCGGCAGGCCCUGAGGCUGCCCAACCGGACCCAUCCAGACGUGCCAGUUGGGGAUGAGAGCCAAGCAAGGAUGGUGGAGCUUGUUGGCCAAAAGCCAGAAUUUGAUUUUAAAGUCAGAGGUCAUCUAGAGGUUGGCGAGUCUUUGGGCAUCAUCAGGCAAAGACGUCUAGCCCAUGUGUCAGGACACAGGUCAUACUACCUUAGAGGAGCAGGGGCCAGGCUCCAGACAGCCCUGCAGAAUUUUGUGCUGGACCUGCUGCAGCGCCGUGGCUUCAUCGCUAUGACUGUGCCUGACUUACUGAAAGGAGCAGUGUUUGAGGGCUGUGGCAUACACCCUUAUUCUCACCACUCUCAGGUCUACUCCCUCGACCAAUUCCGCUUUCCUGACCUCAACCUGGCCGGCACAGGAGAAGUAGGCAUUGCAGGCUACUUCAUGGAUCAUGCAGUAAAUUGGAAGGACCUCCCGGUCAGAACUGUGUGCAGUAGCACGUGUUAUCGGGCAGAGACUGACACUGGCAGAGAGACCUGGGGCCUCUACAGAGUUCAUCACUUUAACAAGGUGGAGAUGUUUGGGGUGACUGCUGAUGAGUCUGGAGAGGAGAGUGACCAGAUGCUCCAGGAGUUUGUAUCCCUCCAGAAAGAAAUAUUUUCAUCCCUUGAGCUCCACUUUAGAGUCCUUGAUAUGCCCACUCAGGAGCUGGGUCCCCCAGCCUACAGGAAAUAUGACAUAGAGGCCUGGAUGCCAGGACGAGGCAGCUUUGGAGAGGUUCCAGACCAGACCAGUGUGGUGAUGACCAUGUAUUACAUUAUGUGUGUGCCUGUCUGUGUGCACAUCCUGCCAACCAUACUGUACAUCGCUGACAUUAACACUAACAUUCAUUCCUAAAAACAUGUGACCAUAUCUCAACAUAUCUGCACAUACAUAUACUGAGACGUAGAUCUGAGAUCUACACUGAGACAUUCUGAGUAUUAUAUUGUUGCAGGAGGACUAUGCCGAUAACUAUAUGAAGCAUGCAUACAUUUGAAUUAUACCUGUGCUGACAUCUGUGAAACUUAGCUGUGCUGUUAGACCUCUGUUUUUAGACCUGAGCUGUGCUGUGUGAAAAUGAAUAUGCUAACUUAAGUUCUGUCUAUAACUGAUCAUUUGAAGGGCUGAAUCGUAUUCUUCAGACUAUAUCACCAUCAAAAGUGACCUAUUACAAUUGAUUGAGACCUCUAGCUCUUGCUGCCAUUUCAGAAUUACCACUGAUAAAUAGAUCUGUCUUAGGAUAAUAUGAUUGGCAUUAUCAAGUUCUGUAUAUACACAACUGUGAUUUUUUUUU